UGAAACGCUGUGGUCGGAGUGGAGCCGAGUGUGUACGUGAGCAAAGAUAAAAAAAAGGAGGAGUUGAGACAAAGAAAGAGAGAAAAGGUUGUUUUCUUUAUUUACUCUCUCGUGCACACAUCUGCCCUGCUCUCCUCUCCCCAGGUGGAGGGACAAUGAAGCUGGCUGCCUGACUAUAUCGCCUCUCAUUAUCACCCCCCGACCACACCCCACCCCCUCCAUCCGUCUCCCACUACAGCUGGAUAAGCCAACCAGCUAACCAGCUCUCUCCUCUCACAGAACGAGGGAUUUGAAGAUUGCAUCCUCACAUUUGUAAUCAGAUGUAAGAGAGGAUUAUCUCAAGGUCUCCCUCCAUCUUGUUCACAGCUGCUGAGACAAAAGGAGGGAGAGCGGAGAGGGAUCGCGUGCAGCUCGGUGAAUGGAGUGUAGUUAAAGAUAGAGAGAAGGGGGAGAGGUCACCUGUGGAUGUGAGGAGGGGGAGGAGGAGGAGGAGGAAGGCUUUCUAAGGAACUGCACCCAUCACCCGACACAUCCGUAAAGGGAAAGGAAACGAGAAGAAGAUCAGCAGCAAGUACUUCACUGUGAAAAGGUUUCCCAUGGCAGAGGCCGGGCGUCCUGUGUCAGAGCUGUACCCACUAGGGGGAGCUGUUCCCUUGGAAUCUACACUCUCUGAUCAGACCCUCUUUGGCACCUCCAAGAGCUCUACACGGGCAAUAACACCCCAUAACAGUGUGGCUGGAGGACCAGGUAACACCUCCCAGGAGGAGGCCGUCAGAGAGAUCUGUAAAGAACAUUCAGCUACUUCUCCGUUCAGAGAAACUAACGGCAGUGGUCUGAGGGUCGGCGGAGAGCCCGGUGAACAGGAACAAAGCCAAUCUGAACACUGUGUGCCCCCCAAGGCUUCAAGCCACCCCCAUUGUCCGGCUGAGGCGCAUACACACUCACAUCCCCGCGAGGCAGGCGUGAAUGCAAUCAAUGACAACCCUAAGGCUGGUAGGACAGUGCAGAAUGUAAAGCCACCAGCUGUCCUCCCUGUUUACAGGAGUCACUCAGACACUGUACCUCUGGUUAAACAGGAUCCAGCCAGCGAGACUUGUGAACUUGCUUAUGGUGGAGAUAAGAGUGCUGAGAGUCACUGUAUGUUAGCCUGCAAGCAGCCCAUGCAGCUGCAGCAGUGCAACAUCAUCACCACCGUUUGCCGAGGGGCCAGCGGCGGAGAAGGUGGCGUACAGCAGCCUCAGAGCAGAUGUGUCUGCGUCUCGUCCCCCAAUGAAGCAGCCAAAGUGGAGGGUGUUGAAGAAAAAUGUGACAAGGCACUUUGCUAUGGCUCCUACAACCAUCAUGUCAAUUUCGAGGACACAUUUGCUGCCUACUGCCAUCCCCAGCCCAUCCCGGCCCCCUCCCAGCUGCUGCCGCGCCUGGCGGGCGUGGAGCCAAACUGUGACAUGCAGCGUGCGGCGGCAAAUCCUUCAGCGACGAACCACCUCACCCUGCCUCGCCUCAUCUCCUCCGUCAGUGAGACGGGCCUGGAUGCCAAACACCUGCUGCGGUGCUGCAACCUUAACUGCUCCUGGAUCGGCUUGUUGCCCGCUGGUGCUGGGCCACAAUCCCAAAAACACUUUGGUGGGGAGGAGUAUUGCAGCACUCCCGUUGGACAUGUCAGAACCAUAACCCGGGACACGGGGACUAUGACAGCCCACAAAGAGCUGAGGGACAUCGGGGUGCAGACGGGACAGAUCGCCACGCCUCACGUGUUCCCCCAGAUAUGUCUGUCAGAGGAGAGCAGGAGUGAGACCUCCUGCAGCCAGACUCCAGAUGCCGACGGCGAUGGAGGCAAGAAACCGGGCGGUGCUCCCAAGUCCCCGGUGAAGGAGGUGAAGUGGGACGCAGAGGGAAUGACAUGGGAGGUGUACGGUGCCUCUGUGGACCCUGAGGAGCUGGGCGUGGCCAUCCAGAAACACCUGGAGAUGCAGAUCAAGGAGACGGCAAUUCACGCGGCCAAGCUGACACGCCAGAACACCAACACCUCCCGGCAAGGCGGGAACGCCGGCUGUGAGAGAAAGAGGAGCCGGAUGAUGGGCUCCAUCCGAACCGCGGCCUGUUGCACUCUCAGCACUUCAGCUGUCGACUAACUUGACAAUGUGACUGAUGGACGGGACAGAACCUGAACACUGUGUUCAGUUACUAGUACGGCUACGCUCAGCCUCAGCCUCAAAUGUUACUGAUAUAAGGUCUAUGGAAGAUAGGAUAAGCUGCAUACCAGAACCAAUGGAAAAGCUUCAUGUGAAAUAAUUAUUAAUUUGUGUGAAAAAGGGAAAAUCAAAAGAAAAAGGGCUGAAGAGGAAACUAAUAACAGCUUUAUAUUUCAUCAUUUGUUGUCUAACGGUUGAAUGUUUCAACUGUUGGAAUCAUGAUUCCUGCUGCUGUGCACUGCCAGUGUUUUCAGAGGGCCACUCCAUACAGUUGUGUCUUCAUAAUAAACUACUUUAAGAACUCCUGUACUGUGUAAAGCCAUUUGAUAGUCCUGCAAUAAACACUACUCUUGUUGAGUUUAUAAUGAA